GGUAAUCAUCCUUUUUUGGCCGCCCUCCUGAUAUCGGCAUCCUUUUUGUUCAUGAGAGUCGGCGAGGAGAUUACCCAGACCGUCGAUUUCCGCAACUUCACGUGGGUAUGCUUCACGUGGAUAUAACUCAUCAGUCGCUGCCUACUCGCCUUUCCAUACCUCAUUAAUCUACUAUCGACAUGGCUCAGAAAAGUAGCCUUGCAGCUGCAUUUGAGGCGGCAUUCCUUUAUACAGGGUUUUUCGUAACUCGAAUCCUGACGCUCCUGCAUCUGGAUGUUCCAAUUCGCGCCUUGUUGCUCAAGAUUCAACCGGCUCCAAGCAAAACUGACGAUAUUCCGGACAUCAAUAAAGUCAUUCUAAAGACGUUGGACGAAAAUGAUGGGGGUAUUCAGGCUGAGAAAUUGUGGGAGAAUGGGCCUUGCUUGAUUGUCGUCAUUCGACGGCCUGGAUGUCUGUUGUGCAGGGAGGAGGCUUCCAAUGUUGCAAAAUACAAGGAGCAGAUCCAGAGCCAAGGUGUAAGCUUGGCCGCUGUCGUUCAUGAACGGUUCGGGGCAAAGGAUUUUGGAGAGAAGCAUUGGUCUGGCCUGCCACUUUAUUUUGAUGAGAAAAAGGACAUGUACAAGAUUCUCGGACGCGGAAAAUUCAACUGGAUGGGACUCGAUGGUCUAGUCUCCUUGAACGCCUACAAGGCCCUGUUCCGGGCCCGCAGCGCUGGGUUUGAGGGAAAUAUAAAGGGUGAAGGACGGAUUCUGGGAGGUCUGUUCAUUAUGUCGAAAGAUGGGACCCAUUAUGAGUUUGCCGAGAAAGAGUGGGGUGACCAUGCUCCCAUCCAAGAUGUUCUCGAAGUUUGCAAGUCAUUGGGUGCGAAAAGAAAACCGUAAAUCUACUGCACCACCAACAUAGAUCUAUUCUAUUAGUAUAUGCAUUGAAAUCCUGUGCUACAUGGUCCCGCGUCACUUUCCCACGGAAAAUAAUAUCUACAUGGCAAGUACUCUAUAUAGUGCUAAUUUACACCUCUCCAAGUAGCCUAUGUUCUCUUUGGAGCUUGGUCUGUCUCCGCCGUUUUCCGUCGUUUUGAAUAUGGAGCCCUGACCUGACCCUUCUCCCGA